AUGAGCACCAACGAUAUCCCCAUAGAUAACCUCAACAAUAUCCCGGAAGAGCCCGCCGAUGUCGACGGACUCUCGAUUGCGAAUUCUACACUCCAGGUCCGGGAUCCACACCCGGCUCCUACCAGAAGGGGCUCCAUACCGGCCUGGGCAGAGUCAACCAACCGAUUCGGACGUGGCGUACAGUACGCGGGUGGACCCUUCGUGCGCGUCGCUCUUGUGGCGAUGUUACUUGUGAUUAUACCCUACUUGAUCGUCACGGGCCAGCUCUUCUUGCUCUUCGGGCUAGCCAAAGGGACGAAGGAUGCUAUAAGGAUACCCAUUCAUGUUUUGUCGUCGUCGUGA